AUGUGCUCUGCGUUCAUCCUCACUGGCAAUCUGGCAGCCCCGUUCACAGCGCAGGUCGUAAGGCAGAUGCUGUACUCCACGUACCAGAGGAUCAACUACAACAGGAUAGCUGAGUUCAAUGGCGAAUUGCAAGCUCGCCUUCAAGGCCAGGCCCAAGAACUGAAGUUGCGACUGCUGAAGGCGUCAGUGGACAAACAGCUGGCACGCAGCAGCGCUCUUGUUGAAGAAGAGCGGCACGCAGAAGAUGAAGCCACCAAUGGCGAUCCUGACGAAAAUCCAACAACUUCGGAUGCCCAGGGGGCCCCUGAAAUUUCUGUCGACCUCAAAGUUCUGCUUACAGUUCUGAGGAUGGAGACAUCGCGAACGGCUGUCAUGAUCAAGGAAGAGAUGCAGAGGGACGACGAUUCCGACCGGCUAAAGAUUUUAAACAGUCAGAAGGACGAACUGUCUGUUCUUGUGAAGAGAGUAGAAAAUGAGAUGGCGGAGAGGGACGAGGACGAGACGAAUCAAGAGAGUGGCAAGUGA